AUGUUCAGUGUUAAGUUAUUGACAGUGUUGUUGGUGGCCAUCUGUGUGGUGAGCUGCGUGUCUGGACUGGUGGAGCGCAAGGAGGUGCGCAAGAUGUCCACCAAGGAGUGGGACAACUACUCAAACGCUAUCAAGAAGUUGAGAGCCACACCAUCUACAUUCAACCCCAACGCAUCACGUUAUGACGACUUUGUCCGCAUCCACGUCGAGAACUACGAUGUCAUCCACGGCUGCUCACCCCUGCUCCCAUGGCACAGAUGGUUCGUGCGCACUUUUGAGCUCGCACUCCAGCAGGUGUCCAAGAACUCAUCCAUCUCUGUCCCCUACUGGGACUGGACCCUCGACUACAAGGGAAUCAACGCCUCUGCCGUCAUGACCUCCAAGUACCUUGGCUCGCCCACUGGCACCGCCACCAAGCACUGCAUCCGCAACGGUCUGUGCGCCAACUGGCUCACGUUUUACGAUGGAAUCGACGAGACUGACCCCCCAGGACAAUGUCUCACCCGUGAGUACAACCCAUUCUGGAUGACCUCCAUGCCCAGCCCAGCCCUCAUGCACAAGAUGCUCAACUCUAGCCCAGACUACAACUCCCUGCGUUCCACCAUCGAGGCUGGUCCACACAACAACUUCCAUCACGGCAUUGGCGGAGACAUGGCCGGCACUGCCUCGCCCAACGACGCCAUCUUCUGGUCGCACCACUCAUUCAUUGACAAGAUCUGGGCCGACUGGCAAAACAUCAACGUGACGGAGGGUGCCAUCUACGAGGGCCCACUCUGCAACACCACCUGUGGUAACAGACUAGGCUGUCGCCACCAACCCGCCAGUGUGAACGACAUACUUGUCGGCACACCCAACGUCACCGUGGCCCAAGUGAUGAACAUCACCGCCUACGGAUACAAGUACACCACCUCUGCUGGCACCAGCCCAUUGGUCGCUGCCCUCGAGUUCACCGAGUCCCCAUCCCAGCUGCCACUCAACCCACCAAUGACUGAGGAUCGUGCCAUGGGUCUCGACAUUGACCAAGCCAAUGCUGCCAUUAACAACAUCAACACAUUGAUCUCAUCAAUCAAUGUCCAGAAUGGUUUCUAA